UUCGUCUGUAUUAAGUUUUAUUAGCAGAGACAUUUAAAAGCAUGUCAUCAUAACAAAAAGGUCUUGUGUAAUCCUAAAUGUACCACUUUGGUACAAGGCUCUGAAGUGAAUAGGCUUAAUUGAGCAGAUGGCUUGCUGCUCAGGCAGGUAUGGGACAGGUUUAUUGUCAAUUAACUUUUGUCUACAUAUGCCUAUGGCAAAUUGACUGUAUAAUGGCUUCCUGAGGCCACUUUUAACACUUGCCAUGCCCUGGAGCUCAAAGGCAAGGGGUGGCCAGGCUCUAUGUUCUGUUGCAGCGAAGGGCUGAGAGCAUUAGCCUGUUGGAUCAAUGGCCCAUCUAGUCCAGCAUUCUGUUCUCACUGUGGCCAACCAGACGUCCCCAUGGGAAACUCACAAACAGAAUUUGAGCACAAGAGCUCUCUCCUCUCCUGUGGCUUCCAACAACUGGGAUUCAGAAGCAUUAAUGCCUCUGAUUGUGGACCCAGAGCAUGGCCAUCAUGGCUAGUAGCCAUUGAUAGCCCUCUCCUCUAUGAAUUGCUCUAAUGCUCUUUUAAAACCAUUCAAGUAGUUAGUGGCCACCACUGCCUCCUGGGGAAGGUUGAGUUCUACAAUUUAACUAUGUGCUGUGUUAAGAAGGUCUUUCUUUUAUCUGUCCUUAACCUUCAGCUUCAUUGCAUGUCCAAGAGUUCUAGUGUCAUGAGAUAUUGUAUUGUAUAAACCUCUAUGAUGUCACCACUUACUCGCCUUUUCUCUGAACAGCCCCAAAUGCUGCAACAUUUCUUCAUAGGGGAGCCAUUCCAUACCCUACAUCAUUUUAGUUGCCCUUUUCUGAAGUUCUUCCAACUCUGAUGUGCUCAUGCUGAUCCUUUGGCAGGUGGGUGGGACAUCUGGCACUGCCUUUGUCUGUGGCCAAUAAAACUCCUCCUUUCUCUUGCCCUCUAGGGAUGUGAUGCCCAAGACUCUGGAGGGCCAGCUCACCAUGGAGAAGACGCCCAGCUAUUUUGUCACCAAUGAGGCCCCCAAGCGCAUCCAUUCCAUGGCCAAGGACACCAAGCUGAUUGUGGUGGUCAGGAACCCCGUCACCAGGGCCAUCUCCGACUACACCCAGACGCUCUCCAAGAAGCCGGAGAUCCCCACCUUUGAGGUGCUGGCUUUCAAGAACCGGACUCUUGGGCUGAUCGAUGCCUCUUGGAGCGCCAUCCGCAUUGGGAUCUAUGCGCUGCACCUGGAGAGCUGGCUCCAGUACUUCCCGCUCUCCCAGAUCCACUUUGUCAGCGGGGAACGGCUCAUCACGGACCCUGCCGGAGAAAUGGCCAAAGUGCAGGAUUUCCUGGGCCUCAAGAGGGUGGUGUCGGAGAAAUAUUUCUAUUUCAAUAAGACCAAGGGGUUCCCUUGCCUGAAGAAGCCGGAGGACAGCAGCGCCCCCCGGUGCCUGGGCAAGUCCAAGGGCCGAACUCACCCCAAAAUUGAUCGGGAUGUAAUCCAGAGGCUCCGGAAGUUUUACAAGCCCUUCAAUGUCAUGUUUUACCAAAUGACGGGCCAGGAUUUCCAAUGGGAGCAGGAAGAGGGGGAUAAGUGAUGCUGUGGCAGGCAGAAAGAAGUUGUCUCCUAUCCAGAGGUAAAUGAAUUGUCAUCAGCAGUGUGUAUGUGUGUGUGUGUGUGUGUGUGUGUGUGUGUGUGAUGAAACUCUUCUGUAGGGCAUGAUAGGGUCACCAAACUGGACUUUGAGUUCCUGGAAGGCUUUCCCAUUGGAAAAGAACUGCUAAGAUUCUGCCUGGGGUUUCUCCAGAUGCACUCCUUAGGGCAGGGGGAGACAACCAGGUGUGGUUGGACUCUAGGUGUGGUUGGACUCCAGUUCCCAUCAGCCCCAGUGGCCAUCUUGGGCAAUGGUUGGGGAUUAUGAGAGUUGGGAGUCCAGCAAUGUCUAAAGGGGAUCACUGUGCUGGCUACCCCUGCCUUAGAGCUUCCAUCAGUGACUCACUUUCUAUUGACUGCAACAAAAUGGAGGGGCUCCAGGACACAGUUGGAGAAUUUCCUCUUCCCUUGGAGAAAGUUUUUUUGCUAGGGUUGAAAUUGCACCGCUUCUGGGGAAGGCGCAUCAUAGCUCAGAGGUAGAACACCUGCUUGGCAUGAAGAAGGUCCUGGUUCAAUCCCCACUGGUGGCAUCUCCAGGUAGGGCUGGAAGAGACACCCUGCCUGAAACCCUGGAGAGCCUUUGCUGCUAGUCAUUGUGGACGACACUGAGCUUGAUGGACCAGUGGUCUGGCUUAGUGUAAGGCAGCUUCCUCUAGCCUUCCUAAGUUCAAGCCAGACUGCCCAGUUUCCUGCCUGUCAAAGCUACCUCCCUGGUCUCUCCUCAGCCCAUGUAAGUGGGUAUGAAAACAAAGCUUUGUGGAGAAGAAAGUUUAGAAUCAUGGAACUGUAGGGACCCAAAGUCCAACCCCCUGUCAUACAGGAAUCACAGACCUACACUGGCUCCCAGUAUGUUUCCGAGCUCAGUUCAAAUUGUUGAUGCUGACCUUUAAAGCCCUAAAUGGCCUCGACCUAGUAUACCAGAAGGAGCAUCUCUACCUCCAUCGUUCAGCCCAGACACUGAGUUCCAGCUCCGAGGGCCUUCUGGCAGUUCCCUCACUGCAAGAAGUAAGGCUACAGGGAACCAGGCAUAGGGCCUUCUCGGUAGUGGCGCCCACCCUGUGGAAUGCCCUUCCAUCAGAUGUCAAGGAAAUAAACAGCUAUCUGACUUUUAGAAGACAUCUGAAGGCAGCCCUAUUUAGGGAAGUUGUUAAUGUUUGAUGUUUUAUUGCUAUAACAAUAGUAAUAAUAAUAAUAAUAAUAAUAAUAAUAAUAAUAAUAAUAAUAUUCUGUUGGGAGCCACUCAGAUUGGCUGGGGAAACCCAGCCAGAUGGGCAGGGUAUAAAUAAAUAAUUAUUAUUAUUAUUAUUAUUAUUAUUAUUAUUAUGAAUCCAUGACAGCUUGCCAUCCAACCUCCAUAUAAAAACCUCCAAGGAAGGAGAGUUUACCACCUUCCGAAGGAGUCCAUUCCACUGCCAUUCAUGAAUUAGGGGGGUGGGGAGUUUGAGGCAGUUCAUUUCCACAUCAGUCCAUUUUAGUCCCCCUCUGGUUUUUUUAAUGAGAGUUAGAGCCAUUUCCGCAGCUGUUUUUCUUUCCCCGCAUCUGUCAGCCUGGCCUCGUUGCCACAGAUGCACGUGCAUGAUGCCUGUUGCCAAACUCCAGGCUCAGCUUUGAUUCUGGCAUGCAGACGCCCUCUUGAUCAAGCUAAAUACUGGAAAUGCCACGGAAGGCAGCUAUGGCUCCGUAACGAGGCAAAGCCACCCCGGGGCUGAGAGCACAUCAUGCGCUUCAUUACCCAGUCAAGUGGCCCCCAAGCUUGGGAUCAGGAAAAAGGUGCUAAAUUCAUUUGUCAACUUUUGGCAGGAGGCUGGGCUCCAGGAUGGGACCAUUUGUUUCCACACAAGUAAAUGUCGGUUCAUAUUAGCCCGAUUAGGAGUAAAAACAGCAUCUGACAUAAAACAUUCUUUCCUCCCCCCCCCCCACCCCGCAAUCUCCACCCCCCACUCAAAUUAUUAUUGCAUGAAAAUUGGAAAUCUGCACCGGGGCUGACUUUAAAUUGUUUCACAUGUUAUUAAACUGUCAUUUCCUCUGCUAAAUGAGAGCCAUGUUGUUGUGCAAUUUAAUUCACAGUGAUGAAUGGAUUCAGGUGAAGGACUCAUUUUUAACUCUUACCAGGUUUUUUGAGCUCCUCAUUGACUAGCUGGGGGAUGCCCCACAUUGAGAAAAAAAAAAACAGUAUUCAGUGGGGGGGGAAUCACUGGGCACAGCUGCGCCCUCAUCAUGCAGCUCAGCAUGAUUCCCUACCCCCACAAUCCUGACCCCAUGGUAAAAUCAAGCAUGUUGGGCAAAUACAGCGGGAGUUGUGUAGCCACCCCCUCUGCUCAGGACCAAGGCAGUUUGCUAGUCAAGUGGGAGUUGGGACUUUGCUGUAAAAUUGGAGCAAUGGCACUCACCUGCUGCUCCUUUGUCAUCUUGCACCAGCCAGAACAAAACAGUGACAAAGUUUCUUUGGUUCUUCCUCUAGGUGAGAAAUGGCAAUUGGAGAUCAGCUGAUGGAGGGGGAACAUUCAGGUUACAAGAGGCCAAGAUCAGGACCAUUAAGAAAAACAAAUAGGAGAAUAACUUAAAAAGUGGAGUGGCCUGCCAGCCACAGCUAUUCAAACUAAACACACACACGAGCUACAGCAAGGUAGCCGUAGCUCUUUGCAAAGCCAAAGAGAUCCUCAUGUGUGGGACUUUGGAGCCAUAGACAAGCUGGAAGGUGUGCAGAGGAGGGUGACUCAGAUGACAAAGGGUCUGGAAACAAAGCCUUAUGAGAAACAGUUGGGGGAGUUGCGGAUGUUCAGCCUAGUUAAGAGAAGACUGAGAGCAUGGUAUGAUAGCUAUCUUCAAAUACCUGAUAGGCUGCCACAUGGAAGAUGGAGCAAGCUUGUUUUCUGUGCUCCAGAGGCUAGGGCAGGCUUCCUCAACCUCGGCCCUCCAGAUGUUUUUUGCCUACAACUCCCAUGAUCCCUAGCUAGCAGAACCAGUGGUCAGGGAUGAUGGGAAUUGUAGUCUCAAAACAUCUGGAGGGCCGAGGUUGAGGAAGCCUGGGCUAGGGCCUGAAUGACAAGAAAGGAGCUUCUGACAUUAGGAAGAACUUUCUGACAGUAAGGGCUAUUUGACAGUUGAAUGGACUCUCUCAAGAGGUGGUGGACGCUCUCCUUCACUGGAGGUUUUUCAACAGAGUUUGUAUGGCCACCUGUCAGGGAUGCUUUGGCUGUGAUUGCUGCAUUGUGAGUGGUUAGCCUGGAUGACCCUUGAGAUUCCUUCUGACUCUAUAGUUCUAUGAUUUUAUAUCUUGGCUGUCUCUAACUGCUGCCUUUCUCCUCCUCGCUCCACACAGAAUCUGCCUGAAUUGGGGAAAGGGCCGGACUUGCCUAGCCUGAAAUCUGGGUCCAGAACUGGUCACCACAAUUGAAGGGAAUUUGCUCAAUGGACAAAGAUGGGGGCAACACCAUCCCUUUUGCACCUGGACAAUCGCCUCCUUCCGCCCCACAUUUCCAGACCAGCAGGAUCCUGAGCAUAAAGGACACGCCGAGGGAAGACCCUCUUUGGCCACACUUGGUGGAGUCAACUGAUCCUCUUUGUGCAUCCAGAGAGGAAGAAGGAUUGACUGAGACCUUGGCAAGAGAUGCUAGGAACUUCUUCCUGUCCAGGGUGCCCUUUGCAGCAGGAGGUGGCCACUGUGCUGUGGAAAUGCCCAGUUGAUGCGAAUGAAGGGCAAGAGCCAUUCCACACACACCCUGCAUCCUGCACCAUACAUUCAGAUGUUUAUUUUUGAUAUGGGUGGAACCCCUGAGACUGACUUCGGGAGCGGCCCCACAAGGCCAAAGGGAAGGGAAGGCCUGGGUCUCGCCCACCCAGAGAUUCAGGAAAUCUGACUAGCAUCCCAGUGUUCUUCCCAAGCACAAAAAGUGGGGCUAUUUACGUGUGUGCGUGUGUGUUGUUUUUUUACCGUUCAUGUGACCCACCCUCCACCUCUGUGGAGAAGUUGCUGGCCUGGAGUCUCAGCAUACUGGUGAGCUCCCAGUGCAAAGAGCUGAUGGCAUCUGGGGGAUUUAUUCUUCCUGGCAAUUGGCCUGCAUCAGCCACACUGGUGGAAGUCCUCAGCUCCACCCAUCUGCUUUUGCUACACAAGAAGACCUCCUCAUUCGCCACCAGCUCAGAAAGCGCUCCCUUGGAUUUGGGCUUUUGCCUCCCCUCUUUAAAUGUCAGCAUUCCCAGCACACAGAAGAUUGAAUUUUGUAUUUGAUUUCAAUUAGCAAAGCAUAAAUUAUAUUUAAUUUUCUACUCACAGAGACUGGAUGAGUCAUUGUCCUGGAAAGCUGGGGGAGGGGGGUGUUCAGAGAUUGACAAUGGGAGCAUUCAUUGCCCAGGAGCUAAAUUGCUUAAGCUGCCUCCCUCUUCCAUCCAUCCGCUGUCUUCACGCCUCCCCUCCCCCCUCUGUGUCAUCACCCUCUACCUGAGAGAUAUGGAAAUACCAAGCGUGAAUCUGGAGCCAAACCUGACUAAACAAUAAAAACCUUGUCAUGG